AUGGCAACAAUCUUUGAUAUUUUAAAUACUCUUAAUAAUAAUAAUUUUGAAAAUUGUAAAAGACAAUGCUCAACCAAUAAAAGCAAUAAAACAAUUAUUGAUAUACUACCACCAAUGGAUGUAACAAUUACAAAUGAUAAACUAAUCAUUGAAACAGAGUUAGCAGGUAUUUCAAAAGAUCAAAUUGAAAUUGACAUUAAAGAUUCAAUACUCACUAUUCAAGGUGAAAGAAAAGAUUUAAAUAAACAACACAACAACAACAACAACAACAACAACAACAACAACAAUUUAGUUAUAGAAAAAUCAACAUCAACAUCAUCAACUUUUAGAUAG